GCUUCAGUUCGAUUUCAUUUAAACGACGCUGCGGUCGUGUAACUCCAAUCGUGUCUAUUGUGUAUUUUGCCAACAUUCACGCAUCAUGAAGCUGUUGGUUUUGUUUGCGUUUCUCGCAUGUCUCCAUGUGAGUGUCACCAACGCAGCCUCAAACUUGGUUUGCUACUAUAAUUCGGCCAGCUACACUCGCGAAGGUCUGGGCAAGCUACUAAAUCCAGACUUAGAGAUCGCUCUACAGUUCUGUUCGCAUUUGGUCUACGGCUAUCUGGGAAUACGCGGCGACAACUAUCAGGCGUACAGUUUGAACGAGAACCUCGAUGUGUACAAGCAUCAAUUCGAUGAAAUCACAUCCCUGAAGAACAAGUACAAACACCUCAAAGUGCUGCUGAGUGUGGGCGGUGAUUAUGAUAUCGAUGCCGAUCAUCCCGAUAAGUAUAUUGAACUGCUUGAGGGCGGAAAAGUGCGUCAGGCAGGCUUCAUUCAGACGGCCUUCUCCCUUGUGAAGAACCACAACUUUGAUGGCCUCGAUCUUGCAUUCCAAUUCCCACGCAAUAAGCCGAGGAAGGUGCACAGCGGUCUUGGUGCCACUUGGAAGAGUAUCAAGAAGCUAUUCACUGGGGAUUUCGUUGUGGACACCAAUGCUGCCCUCCACAAGGAACAGUUCACAGCGUUUGUGCGUGAUGUGAAAGAUUCACUGCGAAAUGACGGACUACAGUUGAGCUUAACGGUGCUGCCCAAUGUCAACUCAACGUGGUACUUUGAUGCGCCUGCAUUGAACGGUCUUGUUGACUUUGUCAAUCUUGCCGCCUUUGAUUUCCUCACACCUGCCCGCAAUCCCGAUGAGGCCGACUACACUUCGCCACUGUACAGUUCUGCGACCCAAAAUCGCCUGGAUCACUACAAUAUCGACUUCCAAGUGCAGCACUGGCUGCAGCAGGGAUUCCCCUCCCAAAAACUGAACUUGGGUAUUGCCAGCUACGGCAAUGCUUGGAAACUAACCGCAGAAUCGGGCAUCGAAGGCACACCCGUUGUGCAACACACUGAAGGUGCUGCACCAGCUGGCUUGCAAUCCCAAAAAGCUGGUAUACUGAGCUAUCCCGAGAUCUGUGGCAAGUUGGAGAAUCAAAACAAUAAGUACUUGAAGGGCAACGAUUCGCCUCUGAGGCGUGUCACCGAUCCAACGAAGCGCCACGGCACCUUCGCAUUCCGUGCCGUACAGGAGGGCAUCACUGAGGGUCUGUGGAUUAGCUACGAUGACUUGGAGACGGCAUCUAACAAAGCGGAUUAUGUGCGUGUCAAGAAUCUGGGCGGCGUGGCGUUCUUCGAUUUGAGUUACGACGAUUUCCGUGGCCAGUGCACAAAUGACAGAUAUCCAUUAUUGCGUGCCAUCAAAUAUCGCUUGUAAAUGCAAAUAUCAAUCAUAAUACUCCAAUAAAUAUUAAA